AUGAAGUUGUGUGCAUUAGUGCUCUGUAUUUUGUAUUCUGCUGUGUUUUCUGAACCUGUAUCAAAAAGAAGUGACAAUGAAGGGAAGGACAGUCCAUUGAUUUGGUUAAUUUUAAAACAGUUAAAUUCUUUAGGGUCACGUAUAGAAAAACUCCAAGAUAUUGCCAUUGAAAACCAAAAAAACAUUGCUUCUGUAAAAUCAAACAACGGAAAUGGUGCCAUUAAUAACGAUGACGUUAAUUUUAAGGUUAUUGCAGUCAAGAACAAAAAGGAUAUUGAACAUCUGAUGGAAAAAGUAGAUUUAGACAAAACCAACCUAGAAAAGAAAAUUGAUCAGAUAAAAAGAGCCAACAGUAACAUUGGUGGAGGACAUACAUAUGUCCGAUGGGGAAGAACAACCUGUCCAUCAAUAAGUGGAACUAAACUUGUAUAUUCUGGAUACACGGGUGGUGGACUUUAUGCGCAUCCAGGAAGACCUGCAGAACCAGUAUGCCUUCCAACUAACCCUAAUUUCGUGAAAACAUCUGGAACCAAUAGCGCUUUCAUAUAUGGAGCAGAAUAUGAGAGCAAUUUCUUUGCUUCGAAUUCUGUUCAUCAGGAUGUCCCAUGCAGUGUAUGCCACGUUCAAUUUGGAACAACAAUUAUGAUUCCUGGGAAAACAAGAUGUCAUAAAGGGUGGAAAUUACAGUAUAAAGGAAAUCUAGCUGCAGGUGCCGCUGGACAUGGCGGCGCCUCCACUUAUUUAUGUGUAGAUUUUAACCAACAAUACAUGCACGGUGGAAGCGCCGACUACAAUGGCUACCUGUUGUAUGAUGUAGUCGGCCAAUGUGGAUCCCUGCCAUGUCCUCCUUAUCAUAAUGGAUACCCUUUAACGUGCGCCGUGUGUUCUAAAUGAAUUUGAAAUA